GUUUAUUACUUAUUAGUGGUAUUAAAUAAGAAUUUUUGUUAAAUUGGGAAUUGUAAAUUGAGUCGUGGAGAGACUUAAUUAUACGUCAACAUUAGAAGAGUAUGAUUAGGAAUGGGAAGGGCCCCUAUCAUUAUUUUUAUAUUCUUCACUGUAAAGUCAAAUAGUCAAUAUUUUUUUAUAGGGUUUUCUCUCCCACACAAACCGUUUCGCCGACGUCUCUUCUUCCUCUUUAGCAGACGACUUUCGGACUCGUUGAGGCUUGGAUAGUGCUGGUCUAUUGGAAAAUCGGAUUGCUCGUUUCGUUUUGAAUCUGAAAAGUGGUUAUUGAUUUGAUUUUAACAGACAAAGGAAAUCGAUUUCCCGAUUGGUUAGUCGAGAGAUACUUGGUUUAAUACAAUGAAGAAAUCGAGGGUUUCAUGGCCAUCAGAUAGUAUGCUUUGUCAGGUGAUGAUGUUUCGAACAGAAGAUUGUCCUUCGAAAGUUGCGCCUCAAACAACAAGCAAACCAAAGGCAUCGAAUCUUCCAACUCAAAGAUCUCAAGGAAAUGAAUAUGAAACGAGGCGUAACAUGUCACAUAUUCCCCGGAUUAAAUGGAAACACCCACGAAAAUUUAUUCUCAAUGAUGAUAUGCUUGUUGCAAGUGGUGGAGAGAGUACAGAAACCCGUUGUGAAAAUUUGAGGAUUGCAAAAGUUUUGGAAGCUUUCUAUCCACACCGCUCUCUCAUCCCUAGCCGUCCUUUGGUUUCACCGGCUGUAGAAGAUGAAAGCUAUGACGACAGCAAAACUCCCAACAUACGUCUCACUCCCAUUGAAGAUGAGGACGAAUGUGAACCUAUUUCUUUUGAACCUUCUCACAGCUCCAAAUCCCCUGCAGCUGUUUUUGGACUUGGACCAGAAGACUUGACUCUGGCUGCUCUGUCUGCGUUGUUGAUGAAAACAAAGGAACAAGAGAGUCUGGUCGAUGCUGAUUUACUCGUCAAGUUCCUCAGUGACCCGAAAUUGAUCAAGAACCUGAUGAUGAAUGACACUACAGGUAAACCGCUUGGAACUGGGAAUAAAACUCACACCACUAUCACCACCCAACCUAGACUUGUUCUCACCUCCUCAGCCAUGGAUGGAAACCCACCUCCUGAACCUGUUACCCAGCCUGGUGGAAAUGGUGUUCCGCAUAUUGUCCCUGUUUCUGUUCAGUCCAGUGCUUUACCAAUGAACCUUAACCUCCAGAAACCUCCCCUGGUUUUUCACACUUAUCCAUUGUCAGGACUUGAAGAUUCCUUGAAACCAAGCUCAGUUGAUGAUGUUCUAGUGUCGGAUCAAAAGACUGUACCAAACCCGGACUCUCAAUCCCUAAUCAUUUCCACUUCCAGCACUUGGGAUAUGAAGAGGGUACUGGAAUCAGCGCAAACUAUAACUGAUGCUCAAAUCCGGAACGGUGCAUACCCGAUGACGAACAUAAACCAGGAUGAUGGGGUUUCUGCAAAACAACCCGUAAGAAAUCUGGACUAUUUCAAGAACCUUAUUAGGGAACACGGGGGGGUUGCUCCGGGGACAAAUGAAACUAACAACUACAAAGCAAGGGUUGAUAAUAAUAGUAAUAACAAUAAGAAGAAGAAGAAGAAGAAGCUAGUAAAGGUUAGGUUUCAGAAACCGUGCAAGUAUUUUGGUAGAGGCAGAGGGUGUAAGCUUGGCGAGAGUUGCUUAUAUCUUCACGACCGCUCUAAAAGGUUGGGGACCGAUGUUGCACCCGACUUCCCCAGAGCUAAGAGACUCAAAUUCGGAACGUAACCAACAGCUAGCCACCAGAUGACUGAAUUUUUAACCUUCAAGUAGCAUCAUCCAUUAAAUGCAGAUAUGUUGCUUUAACAAGUUUCCAAAAACCACUUUAGUAAAUCCAUGUUUUUGUUU